GUAAGGCAUUGUGGGAACGAAAUUCCAAAACUUCUCCGGUGGAGCACUAUCAAUAAAUGAGAAGUAAGUUCUAGGUUGAAUAUACUACUAGAAUUGUAGCAGCACAGUCUGCCAUAAAAAGUUGCUAUGAAUCGCCUUAGCAUGAUGGAGCAAGUUCAUCUUGCGGGAGAGGAUGAGGAUGAUCUCUACUCUGGUUACAAUGAUUACAAUGCUACAUUGGAUACAGAGGACUUGGCUAAUGAUGAAGGAUUUCAACAUGCUGUUAGAACCAGUCAUGGAAGAAGACCACCUCCAACUGCCAAGAUUCCCCUCACUGGUUCUGUAGGUGCCAGGCUGGCCACUGCUAAAGGCCAAGGUGGUUUGGUAUCUUCCAUGGGACGUAAUGCAAUGCCAUCCUCAAUGGGAGCCCGUCCCAUGACAGGGGCUCAAGAUGGAGCUGCUAGACCUAUGACUGCUGUCAGAGCUGCUGGAUAUUCAUCCUUUAGUAAAGGUGCAGGUUUUGAUCCUAUGAAUCAGGCUCAAGCUCAAAGUGGAGCACAGUUAGAAACCAAACCUGAGGACACACCUGAAGAGAAAAUCAAACAACUGGAAAAGAAAGUAAAUGAGUUGAUUGAAGAAAGUUGUUUUGCUAAUAGCAGGGCGGAAUACCAGUUGGCCUUGGAAAAAGCUAAGGAGGCUGGUCGCAAGGAACGAGUCCUAGUCAGGCUGAGAGAACAAGCAGCAAGUGUUGAUCAGGUCAACCUGGAUCUCACCUAUUCUGUAUUAUUCAACCUUGCCAAUCAGUAUGCUGCCAAUGAAAUGUAUGCUGAAGCUCUGAACACCUACCAAGUCAUUGUCAAGAAUAAAAUGUUCACAAACGCUGGCCGUUUAAAGGUGAACAUGGGUAAUAUCUACUUCAAGCAGAAGAAUUAUCCCAAGGCUAUCAAGUUCUACAGAAUGGCUGUUGACCAGGUUCCUAAUACACACAAGUAUAUGAGACUGAAGAUCAUGCAGAAUGUGGGAAUUGCAUUUGUCAAGUUGGGGCAGUACAAUGAUGCUAUCACCACUUUUGAACACAUCAUGGGUGAACAACCAGAUGUGAAGACUGGCUUCAACCUGGUCCUUUGCUACUUUGCCCUCGGAGACAGAGAAAAGAUGAAGAAAGCUUUCCAAAAGAUGCUGGCUUGUGAUCUGAAGAUUGAUGAGGAAGACAAGUAUCUGCCACAUAAUGAUGAUAAGAACUAUAAUCUUAUCCUGGAGGUGAUUAAGAAUGAUGCUCUGAGACGCAGGGAAAAAGAAAAAAAACUUGCUGCAGAGAGAAACAUCAAGACUGCUGCCAAAAUGAUGGCGCCCACUAUUGAGAGUUCAUUUGCUGCUGGCUACGACUGGUGUGUGGAUCAGGUGAAGACAUCCAAUUUUGUGGAGUUGUCCCAUGACCUGGAGAUAGACAAGGCUUUGAUGUACCUGAGACAGAAAGACUUUCACCAGGCUGUGGAGACGCUGAAGUCAUUUGAAAAGAAAGAUUCUAAAGUGGCCAGCACAGCAGCUACUAACCUUUCGUUUUUGUAUUUUCUGGAAAGUGACUUGACCCAGGCUGACCGAUAUGCAGAGGUGGCCUUGCAGGCAGAUAGAUAUAACCCUAGUGCACUUGUGAAUAAAGGCAACUGCUUGUUUGCCAAAGCAGACUAUGAGAAGGCAAGAGAAUAUUAUAAGGAGGCACUACAGAAUGACUCUUCCUGUAUAGAAGCACUGUAUAACUUGGGUCUGGCAUACAAACUUAUUGGAAGAUUGGAGGAUUCUCUUGACUGUUUCUUUAAGCUCCAUGCCAUAUUCAGGAACAAUGCUCAAGUCAUGUAUCAGCUUGCUGAUAUCCAUGAGCAGCUUGGUGAUACCACUCAGGCCACAGAGUGGUUUAUGCAGUUGAUUGGGGUGGUGCCCACUGACCCCACCGUGCUGGCCAGGCUAGGGGAGAUAUACGAUAAUGAUGGGGACAAGUCUCAAGCAUUCCAGUAUCACUAUGAUUCUUACAGAUAUUUCCCGUCCAAUAUUGAAGUUAUAGAGUGGCUGGGAGCAUAUUAUAUUGAUUCCCAGUUCUGCGAAAAAGCCAUAUCCUAUUUUGAAAGGGCUGCAAUUGUAGAGCCUACGCAAGUGAAAUGGCAGUUGAUGGUAGCUAGCUGUCAUAGAAGGAGUGGGAACUAUCAACAGGCACUGGAGACAUACAAGUCCAUACAUAGGAAGUUCCCUGACAAUGUGGAAUGUUUGAAAUUCCUUGUGCGCCUUUGCACAGACCUAGGUUUAAAAGAAACACAAGAGUAUGCCACUAAACUUAAAAAAGCUGAAAAACAGAAGGAACUCAAGGAGCAGAGAGCAAGCAGUGGAUCACGUAGAGGCAGUGGCCGGAGAAAGGAGGGAAGAGAUGGAAGUGCAGGAAGUGGAAUAGGAGGAAGUCCUAAGGACUCCAGCAGCCGUGCUGGCAGUGCCAUCUCCAGUGCUGGCCACAGGUCAGGAGGAAGUGCAAGUAGGAGGCGCCAGCUGCUGGAUGAAGAGGACGGAGAUCUCUUCCAAAACACCAAACAAGAUGUUGAUGCUACAUAUGCGGAUCCGCUAGGUCCUCAAGUAGAACGUCCAAAAACAGCGGCCAGGAAGCGAGAACCAGUAGAGGAUGAAUUUGCUGAUGAAGAGCUGGGAGAUGACUUACUGCCAGACUAGAAUCUGAGCCUGAAGAUGAAGGCCGAAAUAAUUUAAUAAACUCCAAGUAAAUUUCAAAAGAAGAUAAACGAUUGGACAGUUAAGAAAAACACAGAUAUAUUGGUCUUGAUAUGCAUUUAUUCAUCUAUUUAUACAAUUUAAUUUUUCUUUAAUUUAUUUAUUUUUAGUCUCCCCUGUGAUACCUUGGUUACAGAAUCCAGGAAAAAUGUUGGUUUUUAUUUGUUGGAAAAUAGGAUAUUUAGACACGUUACGGAUUUUAUUUCUAGUUUGCUUUUAACGGAAAUUCUGUCUGAGCGAUAUCAUUUUCUUUUCUUUUCUUAACGUAGUUUUAGUGUCGUUGGAUAACAAGCUGUAUUGUUCUGCUGCCUGCAGCAGACAUGUUGUCUUUUUAAUGUUAAAUGAUACAAAUAUCUUUCUUGCCUAAAAGAAAAAACAUUGUAUUGUCCGUAUCUUUCACCAUAACUUUUCUUUGCCAAUGUAAUAAAUUUAGAAGUGAUAUGCUAAAUCUGUUUUGCUCUGCUUUUACUGGGGCCGUCCUCGUGAUAAUUAAGUAGAAAAUUUUUUAUAUGAAUCAAUUAUAUGAAUUGAAGGGAAAACGCUUGAAAGAUGUAGAAUGCGUCUUGUUAAAUAUAUCCAUCUGAGGCGAAACUAAGGACUUGGAGACGAAGCUUUAGGAAAUCAUAGUCUCUGCGCUGACUGCUCCAAUUUCUUCAGUAAAAUCUUUUUGGUAGAAGUAUGCUGUGGUAUGAAAAACAUCUUGGUCAGUAAGAGGCGUAAGCAUGUCCAUUGGUAGAUA